GCUAAGCUAAAAAUUGCGGCAGAGGCAAAAGGGAACACGUUCACCACUCCCUGGCACCAAUUUAUCUUGUAUGCCAGUGAUUUCUAUUCAAUUUCGUCAUCAACAAAGCAGGAAGGUAGUACCGGAUUUUUAUUACUGUAAAAACCGGCUUUAUAUGCUGAAAUCGCAUUCGAUCUGAUCGUUGUGAACGAGUUAAUUUCAACUCAACUCCUUAUAAUUUGUUUAUUUUUUCCGAAAUUGAUAUUUCUUGAUGGUAAUCUUCUUCCAGCAACAGUGAUUUUUUUCGACAACAUUUCUCUUGAAUUUUCGAGGCUGUUUUUCUCCCUGUCUUUGAAUAAAGAACCCAGGUCGCUCAGCCCCAGUCAGGGACCUUAAUGUCAUAUUGCUUUUUUCUUUUCUCCUCAAAUCGAAACUUAUGAAGUGUACUUGUAAGGUUUGAAUACGUAGGAAAUAAGAAGAUGCAUCCUCCUCUAACAAUCCAUAGGCACCCAAUGUGUGCUGAAAUUAUUGAACUGUUCCAAAAGUGCCAUACGGAGCAUCCUAUUGGUAAAUUUUUUGGUGACUGCACUGAUCUGAAAAUAAAGCUUGAUAAGUGUUUCCGCCAGGAGAAAGCUGUGAAGCGGAAGGCAAAUUUUGAAGAGAGCAAAAAGUUGAAAGAGAGGUUACAAGCAUACAGGAAGGAAAAUGCUGAGAAUAGAACUGAAAACAAUUUUGUGCAAGCAUAAUGUGGAAUCCAAAUAUGGAUAUGCCAGUGUAAAGUUGACGAGCAGAAGAAGUUAUUAAGUAUGGGUAGAAAAAGAUGCGUCGAACAGGUUGCAGUUUAAAAUGAAGAUAUUCUUGAAUACCAAUUGUAACAUGUUCCUUAUGGAGCUUUAGUAUUGGAGAAACUUUAUGCAGUGUUAAACUUGAUGAGAGUAUUAUUAAAAUUUCUUUGGCCAUUGAAGGCUAGAAAACUAUCUUUUCCUCA